UCCGGUUAACAUUGUUUUCGCAUAAUAUUUUCUAUGUUUCGAAAAAUACCUAGACUGAAGAUACCCCUCCCUCGCGGCUCUUCUUCAGUCUCUAUCUCACUCUCUCACUCAUUCUCCCUUGAAUGGACAGCAACGGGAUACCGGGGGGGCUAACCGUUCGACGAAGAUGGGACGCGAACGUAGCUCUGGUGGCUAUUGGGUGGGUCGAGAGGACCAACUCGUCUUCUUCUUCUAAGAGUGCAGUUAGUGCGAGGCGAAGAUGGUAGAGUUGGAGAAGAAGAUAAUGCAAUUUGCAAAGGACUUGGGUUCAGAGGAUAUGCGGAUGCCCAUGGAAAGACAGUAACAGUUAGACAGGAGCAAGCGUAUAUAACAAUCAUUGUCCAAUGGUGAGAAGGCUAAUUCUAUUAUAUUUUAUAGAGUAUUCUAUUACAGAUUCCUUUUUUACUUUACUUAGGUUCUUUGAAGAAAUUUGAUUUACUGAAUUGGGUUUGUGAUACAAGAUCAAAUGUGAUCUUGGAAAUUAUAAGAUUGUCUUUUCACCAUUUAUUGCCGAUCGGCUUUCAUUACUAAAGUUUUGUAUUUGUUUUAUUAAGAUUUAGGUUCUCACAUAUGUGUAAAUGCAUACAUGCAUGUAUAAAUAUGCAUAAAUAUAUAUGAUUCACUUUGUUAUUUUUUGUUCUAUAUAUGUUACAUCUGCUUCAGCUUGUUAGUUGUUUUUUUUUUCUUUUCUAAGUAAAGGUCUUACAGAUAACAUUAUUGUCGGAAGAAGCUAUAUCCACAACUUUCUUAUGCAUUCCUAAUGAUUCAAGUUCAUAUUUCCUAUCUGCAUGUAUAUUGAGAUGUCUUCUUUGGAUUAAUACUAUACAACAUUUAUUGUUGAGGCCUCUAGAAUCGAAGAAUUAAUGUAUUUCAACAACUUUGUAGUUGGCAUUAUAUUUAAAUAAUUUAUAAAAAUUUAUUUAUGUUACCUUGUUUAGUUUCAAUGGUCAUUUCACCAUCCUAGUUUUAUGCGAGUUAAAAUGAAAGUUUUAUGAACUUUUGAUGUUAUCCUAGUUCGUUGUUAUUCAGAUUUUUUAUUAGACUAUUGCUUGUCUUGUUGUUUGUUUAUCUUUAAAAGUUUCUCUUUUUGGUCCUGGCAGGAACAUGUUUGUCACCAUACUUCGUCUUACUUGGAACAAACAUCACACAUGUUUUUGUAAUAUGUGAUUUUGCUCUGUUAGUGUGAUGUGCUCAAGGAUGGCUUUUUAUGUGUUCAAAGAUUAAUGAAUUAGAAUUGGAAUUUGAUGCGGUCAAAGAUGGCUUUUUAAUUUUUUUUUUUUUUUUUUUUGUACUUUAAGCAACCAUUACAGUAUCUCAAGUGUGAUUUCUCUGAUAAGCCCAUCCCAUGCCUUAUAUUCUUCAUGCCAAAGCAGUGAAGGAUGGUACAGUUAGGAGUUUGAAUACAGCAAAUUACCUCCUGAGCUUGUAUGUUAAAUCUCAGAACUUUGAGAAUGCACACAGGUUGUUUGAUGAAAUACCUGACAAGGAUAUCCACUCAUGGACUAUCCUUAUUUCGGGUUUAGCUCGAAUUGGUUCUUCUAGUACAGUCUCUAAACUUUGUAGGAAAAUGCAGACUGAGGGUGUUCCUCCAAACCAAUUCACAUUAUCUAGUGUGUUAAAGUUGUGUUCUAGUAAAAGUGAACCUCAGAUAGCCAAGGGAAUUCAUGGAUGGAUAGUAAGAAAUGGGAUUGAUUUGGAUGUUGCACUGGAAAAUUCUAUUCUUGAUGUAUAUGUAAAAUGUGGCGCUUUUCAAUAUGCAGAAAGAUUAUUUGAAAGGAGAAAAGAGAGGGACACAAUUGCUUGGAAUAUAAUGAUAGGCGGGCAUAUGCGUAUUGGAGAUGUGGAGAAGUCUCUUGAUUUAUUUUAUAGGUUUCCUUUCAAAGAUGUUGCUAGUUGGAAUACUAUUAUAGAUGGAUUAAUGCGCAAAGGGUAUGAAGGUACUGCCUUAGAACUGCUCUAUGAGAUGGCAAACAAGGGACCUACAUUCAAUGAAAUCACAUUCUCAACAGCUUUGGUUUUGGCUUCAAAGUUAUCACUCUUGGAACUUGGGAGACAAAUUCAUAACCUUGUCAUUACAGUGGGCAUCCACAACAAGGGCUUUAUUAAGACUUCACUUAUAGAUUUCUAUUGCAGAUGUGGCAAAAUGGAGAAGGCAUUGAUGAUCUUCAGAAAGAUACAUCCGCUUCAUUCGAACUCUCUAAAUCCCAUCAUUACUGGCGAUGAGUCAAUGACAGAAGUUGUAGCAUGGAGCACAUUGAUUUCCGGGUUUGUUCAUAAUAACGAGUAUGAAAAUGCUUUACAAACUUUUGUUUCUAUGGUUGGUGAUGAUAUUGGCGUAGACAAAUUUACGGUCACAACGAUUGCCUCUGUCUGUGCUAAUGUUGGGAGUUUAACACUCGGUCAACAUAUCCAUGCAUACAUUCACAAAAUUGGGCACCAACUAGAUUUUCACUUAGGUUCCUCACUAGUUGAUCUGUAUUCCAAAUGUGGAAGCUUAGAGGAUGCCAGAGUGAUUUUUGAACAAACCUCUAGUCCCAAUGUUGUGUUGUGGACAUCAAUGGUUUCUGCCUGUGCAUUACAUGGGCAAGGACAUGAGGCAAUUCGGGUUUUUGAACUCAUGAUUGAAGAGGGAAUCAAACCAAAUGAAAUUUCUUUUACUGUGGUUUUAACUGCUUGUAGCCAUUCUGGGCUUCUUGAAGAAGGCUGCAAUUAUUUUCGCUUGAUGAAAGAAGUGUAUCGCAUCAAGCCUGGAAUUGAACACUUCACUUGUAUGGUUGAUCUUUAUGGUCGGGCUGGACGCUUGGAUGAGGCUAAGAAAUUUAUUGAUAGAAAUCAUGUUUCUAAUCAGAGUUUAGUUUUGAAGCCAUUUCUAUCUUCUUGCAGACUUCACAAAAAUAUAGACAUGGGAAACUGGGUUUCUGAAAAGCUUCUCCACCUCAAAUCAUUGGAUGCUGGUUCCCAUGUCCUGUUUUCAAAUAUGUGUGCUGCCAAUCAAAGAUGGGAAGAAGCAGCUAAAGUGAGGAGCUUGAUGAGACAUAGAGGGAUCAAUAAACUCCCUGGUCAAUCUUGGAUCCAACUGAAGAACAAAGUCCACGUUUUUGUUAUGGGAGAUAGGUCACAUCCAUGUGAAGCUGAGAUAUACUCAUACUUAGAUGCGCUGAUUGGAAGAUUGAAGGAGAUAGGUUACUCAUCUGCAUUGGAUCAAGUAAUGCAGGAUGUAGAAGAAGAGCAGGGUGAGCAGUUCCUUGGUUAUCAUAGCGAAAAGCUGGCUAUUGCUUAUGGAAUCAUCAGCAUGCCAUCUGGAACUCCAAUCCGAAUCAUGAAAAAUCUUAGAGUUUGUACUGACUGUCAUAACUUUAUCAAGUGUACUUCUCAGCUUUUAAACAGGGAGAUCAUAGUUAGAGAUAUUCGUCGAUUCCAUCACUUUAAGAAUGGUUCCUGCUCUUGUGGAGAUUACUGGUGAAGCUUUAACAUUACAGAACAUGUUUAAACAUUUUUGGUGUAUGUACAUCUGAUUAUUGCUUAAUGCUUAUGGUCAUCAAGUUUUUCACCCUUUUGGAGACAAGUUACAGUACUAAGUGCCAUUUUGUUUAGUUACUUAGCAAUCACUCUUGUAUUUCACUACUUCAAUACAACAAAUAUUGUAUAUACUUGCUUACAUGCAAAUAUUUCAGAUUCAA